AGCUGAAAAAUGAGCAGUAUCUCAUGCCUCAAUGUAGUGUAAGAUAUCCUUUCCGCAUUUUGGAAUUCAUUAAACUCCUUUCCACACCGCCAACAAGAUCUUCCGGGGUCGUCUUCAAACUCGGAAAUCCGGAAAUUCACAACCCAUGCAGUAUGGACUCAACUCUAUGCUCUCGCUGUAGUGCCAUCCCCGUGAGGCUCUUCCAGCUUGGGCAAUACGCUCAUGACAUCUCAACUCCAGAUGGCGUUCUCACAGCACUGAAAAGUACUGCAUCUCAAGGCUGCAGAAUAUGUGUACUCCUAGUGGAUGCGAUUGAAGGGGAAAGUCCCAUGCCCAGCACUUUAAAUGGAAAUAUCAUGAAGCUACAAGCUCUUUGCAAGCGAAAAGGUGACAUCGAAUAUCACGCUCUCGACUCAGAUCCAGACCAUACGAAAGUGAUUGGUGUCUGGAUCGGCAGCACGAAAGUCUCUCAUCUGAGAUUUGAACUGGGAAACAGCGAGAUCGCAAAGUCUGGGAAAGACGUCGUCACUAAACGAGAACUGCAGCGAGCAGCUGAUGAUGCGUCAAACUUUGAACUGAUCAGUCAAUGGUUGGAUGUUUGUACUAAACAACAUAACGACUGCACCAUGAAUCUGGUGUCUGAUCUCACCCUUCCUGCAAGGCUCAUUGAUGUACGACCUGAAGAGGAAGGUGUCGAUAUCAAGCUUGUCGUGACGGCAAAUCAAAACCAACAACUUCGACCUGGGUAUGCCGUGUUAAGCCACUGUUGGGGGCCGAAUACUGGUGGUAUGCUGAAAGCUACGAAGGCGAAUCUGGGGGAGUUGCAACGAGGUAUCAAGUGGGAAAGUCUGUCAAAGACUUUUCAAGAUGCUAUUGAGAUCACGAGAAAGUUGAACAUCCGAGGGAAGGGCAUUAGACACCUCUGGAUCGACUCAUUAUGCAUUUUGCAAGACGAUCCCAAGGAUUUCGAGCGUGAAGGAACAGCCAUGAACAAAACAUACUCCAUGGCAACCUGCACAAUCGCCGCAUCCUCCUCAUCAUCCGGCGAAGGCGGUUGCAUCAUCCCACGAGACAGCACCUCACAGCAACUCCAACCCUGCCACCUCACCCUCAACAAACAAACCAUCACGAUCCACCCCUGGUCCACGGAAUGGAGCAAUUCCCACCGCGGCCCCCUCAGCACCCGCGGCUGGUGUUUCCAAGAACGCGAACUCUCCCGCCGCACCCUCCACUUCACCAAACACCGCAUCUUCUGGGAAUGCCGCACAGCCAUCGCAUCAGAAGACCACCCCUCCAUGAUCAACGUCCAAGCCCUCCACUCAUCUCGUCGGCCCCACGGCGCAGAUCCAGACCGCUUCUUGGUACUAAUGGAGCUCGGUGUACGGUCCUUCAUGCCACUCAGCCAUACUCGUCCUUUGGCAACGAAAUUAUGGUGUCGUGCAGUGCAGGAGUAUACGAGGCGGAAUCUGACGUUUAGGAAAGAUAGGUUGCCGGCUAUUUAUGGUAUUGCGAGGAUUAUUUCGGCGAUUAUUAGGGAUGAGUAUGUGGCUGGGAUAUGGCUGUGUGAUUUUGCGAGGGGUGCGUCGUGGGUGAGGGAUAGGUCGCUGCCGAAUCCGAAUGCGGUUGCGGGUGGGCAGUGGCCUGUUCCGAGAGCAGAUCCGUCACUGCCUACUUGGUCUUGGGCGGCCAUUGAUGGACCGGUUAUGUAUCCUGGGGUGGAGAGUUUUGAUGUAGGCGGGUAUCGCGAUGGGAGUGGUGGCCCUGUCAAUAUGCAUCAGAUGGGUGUGUUCAGCUUUGCGGAGUAUGAUAGGAAUGGGAUGCUGAAGCAUAAAACUCCUUUGGCGGCCCAGUCUGCUUUGUAUCAGAAGGGGCUGUUGAGGAAUUAUGCGCUUGAAGUUUUGGGACUGAGUGGCGAAGAGGGGAACUUUGGGGCGGUGGUGAAUUCGGAGUUGAGUGUCAGAGGUGUGGCGGUUGAUAUUACGAUCUCGGAAAGUGAUUGUUUUCCUCCAUAUUCAACAGCGAGCAAUCCUCUGGAACCGAAAUGCUACGCCAUGUUUGGACGGUCUAUUUUCCGUCUUGGAGGGUCUUCGAAGCCAAAUAUCGAGAAAGGCGUCGUGUAUUUCGAUGACGAUCCAAGACAACUAAUGAAACAGCCUUUCGUAUGCUUUCGCUUAGGUGAGAGAGGAGAAGCAGGUGUGGAAGGUGGGAAGGUGUAUACAGGCUUGGUGCUGCAGUCCGUGGUGAAGGUUGAUGGGUUUGCUAGGGAGCAAUUUUUCCGGAGGGCGGGAACUUGGAUGGUUGGGACCACAAAUAAGUUUUACAAUAAGCAUGCUAGAUUGGGAGAGUUUGUUCUUGUAUAGUUGGUCUGGAUUAGGUCUUGGUAAUGUUGGGGUCUUGAUGGUGAUAUCAUGUGGACUAGUACCGUCAACCAAAACCUCAAACAUUUCGCAAAUACUGGUGACGAUAAACAUGACCCGGAACAUGUCCGUUCUUGGAUCGAACAGGCCUCGCAAGAUAUCGCGGCAGAUCGAAGAACACGACAAGCUGCAGUGACGAAGAACAGGAAAGCAGAACUUGCAAAGACGCGAAUUGGGGAUCAUGGACGAGACCUUUUGGAAAGAGGACAAGGCAACGAAGGACAAGAGCCAGCAGUUAAAGACAGAAGGUGGCAAAGCGUGUAAAGAAGUUGCCCAUCAGUCUGAAAUAUGAGCGCUUUGGCGCUGCGUUGUUUGAAGAAAAUGUUGGGAGAGAAAUAUCCAAAGGAUUGCCCAUGAGUGGUGAAGCAACAUUAAUCGAGGUCUAGGAAGGGUGGGUCGACAGUCCUCCCUUCAAUCCUGUCAGCCAGCCAAGGUUAGACCUUGGUGAAACUUCGAGAUGGGUUGGCCUGGACAAUGGACUGCGGAAUUUGGUCGUGCUGUUCCUGCUGGACUUCGUUUCUAGAACGCAAAGGAUGGUUCACAGUUGACAGAACUGGGCGGUCCACGCCGGAUAGUUGGAGGUUAGCAUGUACCAUCUUGGGAAGAUGUUGUGAGAAGUAGUUAGAACUAUAAACUGAAUCGAUAAGACGUUUUUUU